AUGCACACAGUUUUGAUCGCUUUGUUGUUAUUCGCGUCAACGAACGAGAUUCAAGCGCGGGAGGCAAUGAAGCCAGCAGAAGAAGUGGGUCAAAUAAUCAGAGAUCUUGAGGGAAUACAUGUGGGUCAGCAAGACGCGCCUUGCACGCUGGACAUUCAGAACGAUUUGCCACUCUCCAAUCUGCAGCCGCUUUACCUGCAUCCAAAUACGGACAGCUACUGGCUGCCCACUGCCAAGGGAGAGCUGCAGAUACCACGUGGCGCCAACAUCGAACUCUAUUGCACUCACUCAUUUUCCAUUGGUAACAGCGAUGGGAGCUAUUCACAUAAUCCAUCCAUACAUGUUCGCUGUCUACACGACAAAACCUUUGAUUGGGAAGGUGGCAAAUGGGAGUUGGGCGAUUUUACUUGCGCCAAGCCACUGACGUAUACUGUGGAGCGCAUGAACCAGUCCUGCGGGGAUGGAGAUGUGGCGUCGCAUGGGCGCGUAUAUCGUGUGGGCUACAAUAUCAGCGCGGGUCGAUUUGUGCGGACCAUUGAGCUGUGCCACGAUGCGGAUCAGCUGCGAACGCACUACGCUUCCUACCAAUUGGUCCCGGCCAAUGCGCUCUUUCAGAGACAAGUUAAACGCGUUAAGUUCAGCUCCGCUGGCCACUUCUCUGGCUACGAUAUGAACGAUCUCUAUUCACAGAAAAACCAACUGAAACAGGUGGCGAAACUAGUUAAACAACCCAUUGCCUCUGCGCACGUGUCCAGUUUCCUGAAAGAGGGACAGUACCUCACACGCGGACACCUGGCUUCGAAGGCAGAUUUCAUUUAUGCCAGCCAGCAGCGCUCCAGCUUCAACUACCUGAAUGUGGCGCCGCAAUGGCAAAGAUUCAAUAAUGGCCAUUGGCAAAUUGUAGAGGACAAAAUGCGUCAGCUUGUGGCUCGCCUAGAUCUCUCAGUGACUGUCUAUACGGGCACCUAUGGUGUCAUGCCAGUUCCACAGCAGAGCGAAGCUGCUGGCUUCCAUUUGGCCACUCAUGCUGAGGGCGAAGGCGUGCUACCCGUUCCGCGUCUCUACUAUCGCGUGCUCAUAGAUAAUCAAAAUCGAAGACGUGGCCUGGCCCUCGUAGGUGUCAACAAUCCCCAUGCUACGCUGAGCGAGAUCGAGGACUCAUACAUUAUAUGUCCGCCUGUGGACGUGCACCAUGUGCGCGUACUUCUUCGCUGGCUGCAGGUGGAAGAUCUUAAAAAAGGUUAUCUGUAUGCGUGCCGUGUUGCAGAUUUGGCUAAGGCCGUAGGGCAUUUGCCGCUUCAGUUGGAAGAUGUAAACGAGCUGAUUGAGUAA